AUGGAUCCUGGCGAGUAUCGGACGAAUGUAUUGUCAUUUAAUAAUUUUGCUUCGAUAAAGUACGAAUAUCUUGAACCGGACGCCUGCUACCCAGGUCCUGCCAGGAAGCCUCUUCAGAGAGCCGAAGCAGCUUGGAGACAAGCUGGGAAAUUAGUUCACCACGACACCCUUAGAGAUGGAAUAUGGGUGUUCCAAAAUACCAAUGCGUCCAACAGUUCGGCCGAUCGCCCGGGGGAUAAUGGUAUUGUUACGGAAAACGGGAUUGGAGAGGCGCAAGGGGUCCAGCUCGUUGUUAAGGCGAAGGGCAUUUUUGAACCAGCGAGCCUUAUAAGGAGCAAGCAAGCCACUCCAGCUUUAUAUUCCGCAAGCAGUAAUUCAUCCCCUUCAUCAUCCCUCGAGAAUCCGGUGCGAAAUGCUCAAGCUCUCAAUGCAAGAUCUGUAUCGGCCAACGCGUUGCUCAAUCCUUCUCUUGAGCCAUCAGCAACUUCCCCCGGACUCAAAUCGCCGAACAAGACAGAGGAUAUGUGGCCCUUAAUGAAAGAUGUCCAUGAGAACUUCAUAUCGGCAGCGCUUGGGUCGCUCGUCUAUCUCCUCUGCCGUGACGAGGGGUUCAUUCCGUUAAAUCCCCGGACUCUAAUAUCCGGUUAUCCUAAAUCUCCAGACAAAACUUGGCCGCAGGGAGCAAACGCCACCACCCUAGCAACGUUGGAUAUUAGUUUGACGUCAUUAGGAACACUUGUUAUCAAGGCUCAUUCUGAUGCCGCUUCUGGCUUGCAAGGUCUUGUUAACGAUUCCGCAGCAGCAGAUAAGCUAGCCCCAGGCGCGGCCCUAUGGCUGGCACCUGGCGGAAACGCAGCCAAGUACUAUAGCCAACAAGAUGACAAGGCAAAGUUGUUGACAGCCCCAGCCUCAUCAGUCACUUCGGAUUCUCGGCCGAUCACUCUCGACGGUGCUACCUUCAAAACCUGGCAAUCGAAUUGCCUUGAAUGGUUGUCUGCAAAGGGAAUACAUACAGCUCCAAUUGAGAGUGGUGGAUGGAUCUUGGUACAGAUUCUCGUUGGUCACUCUCCAUAUCUGAAUGCUGAAUAUCAAGGCAUCCCCAUACUCGAGGGCCGAACGGUCGUUCCUUGGCCAGCUGCUCUCUGUUUCCAAACUGCGAGUUCUGGGACUCUACCAGCUAGUGAAAAGCCCAUUUCUGGUAACCGGGAUCCUCUUGCUUUUUCUGAAGAAUGGUAUUCUGGCAAGGAUGAUCGAGCGGCUCUUAUUCUCAAACGUCAAAAGGAACGGCAAGUUGCGGAAGCGCUGUCGAUCGAGCAAGCUGAAGUGGAAGCUCGUGCGCUACAAUCUGGCACCUUUUCACCUGCCGUGUUACGGAGGGGAAGCAAUGCUGGCGCCAUGUAUCCCACUCCUCCGGACGCCAUCCAUCAUACCGUCGGGGUCACCCCGUCAUUUGAUGGUGCAGGAUCAACACCCGGAAAUGUUAACCCGUUCAAUAUUCAUGAUGGUACAAUGACUGCACCUACGAACUCGGGCAUGUCAGAAAAUGACGUAGAUAUGUGGGCAUCUGCUGAAAAGAAAGAGCGAACAAGUUUGAAUCCGCAUUUUAACGACAAUGAUAACGAUGCCGACAACCUUUUUGGGGACUUGGGCGGUGAUCUUUUUGGCACUGCUGAUAUUACCGAGGCGGAUUUCAACUUUUUCGAUGAGCCAGACGAUGUGCAACCGACACAAAUGACUGGUACACCUGGGCCUUCAAAUGUCAUAACUGCUCAGGAAACAUUAGCCUUUGAAGAUCCUUUUAGCCUUAAUAGCGCAAAGGAAAAUGGAAUGGGGCCGCCGAAUGCAAUCGUGCGCAACCAAAAUAAUCAGGAUACUACAGAUCCCAGUAGCGAACAGCUCGAAGCAUCCCGAAUGCAGGUCGCGCAAAUCGGAACCAAAAAUUUCAUGUUAGAGAACACCGAGACCAGCUCCUCUUGCAAACAAGGAAAGCCUUCCUCAGCCCCCGUCAAACCAAACUUCAACCAAGAAUACAUAUAUCAGCAGCUUGUCAAGGAACUCGACACAGGAGCGCCUAAAACACCUGCUAGAAAAGCUAGUCUGUUUAAUAAGAUAAACUUUGAGAACACCUUAUCCUCGGUUGAUAAAAAAUACGGUGCCCAUGGCCAGUACACGUUCACUGGUGAUAAGAAACACUUGAAACCUUUAGACGCACUCGGAAUCCCUCAAACAGAAUACCUCAAUGCUCGAAGAAGGGUACCAAUCAACGAACAAGAAUCGGCCAAUCUUGCACGCGUUCUGGUAGAGGAGAAUGUGGCUGGACCACCAGAAUCCACUGAUCCAAUGGAUUUCUUGAUGGACUCCGAUUGCAUGAGCCAAGUAUCAGAGCAGGAUGAUUCCAGCCUCACCGCAGAGGACACCGUUUCCAAGAAUAUAGUUGAACGGAACUGGCUGGGAGAUAACGGUUCAGGAGAUAGUAUAUCCGCCUCAUUUGACGCCAUGGCUAUGGAUUUUGAGCAGUCUGCAAGUACGCCACAGUCAGUUCCCGGCUCGCAAAUGCUGCUCUUCGACGCAGACCCCGCAGAUUGGUCAUUGACAACCUAUUUCACCACUCCAGAGCCCGAAGUACAAUCAGAUACGCUCUCUGAUCUUGAACGCAUUGCUACCGCUCAAAUUCUCGCCGACCAAGCUGUAUCUGGUACUCUUCAGCUGCCCAGAAUUUCUGGCAGCGAGUCGCCCACGCCUGUAAACAAAACAACCAUUACCCGAGGGCUUGUCCGAACUCUAGCAAAAGUUGCGAAGGUACUUUUUGAAGAUAUAACGCCAUGCACAAUGCGCUCCUUUCUGGAAAUCCAAGGCAUACCGGUGCUAAACCAGGGGCUCCGGCUACCACCACGACCUAUGAAUCCACGGGCCCCGAACACCCCCGACCCAGCGAGAUCCAACAAUCCUUUCUCGCUCCCCCCGCCCCAGCUUGAAUUACGGAGAUCGGAUUCGAAGCUUUCAAUCCUCCCAGCUGCGGUGAGAUUUUGGGACAAUCUUGGACUUGCUCCAUCCAUGGGCGGAAAGGACGUCAAUGCGGUCUGCAUCUUCCCGGAUAUUGCAGGUGUUUCUACAAAUGCAAACACCUUCCUCGAACAAAUGAAAAGUAGCUAUGAGUCGUAUAGGCUAGGCAACCAUGAUAGGGCUACAUCAAAGGAUAUCGUUGAUGGCCUCAUACCAUUCUCUGUUGAGUCAGAUCACCAGGACGGCCCCCGCUAUUUGGCAACCCUCCAGGAGACUGUUGCGCGCUUGAGCCGAGCGCUCUGCUCUCUGACAGUAGAGGAAAAGAAUUUCGUAGUCUACUUUGUAUAUCCAGUCGACAGCCCUACGCUUCUCGUUCACAUAUGCUCCGCCUUCCAACAUCUCUUCAACCUAUAUAGGAAAGCGUUAGCUGAUAAGAAAAUGAGGGCUUCCAAUGAGCUGGUGCUGCAACUAAUUCCGGGGGAUUUCGUUGCGUCCCCGACAUCGAUUGUUGUCCCGUUACCAUCGGAGUAUGCUCGUCUUGCCUUGGAGGUCUAUGACCGUUGCGUCGACUUCACAUCAUCAACCUCGAGUCCGGCUAUCAUGUUGGAGCAGCCGCUGCCUAAAAGCAUCGAUUUCAAACUAAGCCCAUACCCGUCACCAUCACUCCUCCAAGAGAACACAUGUCUCCAUAUUGCGUAUGCGCAGAGCAUUGAUGAUCGGUGGGUUGCGGCGGUAUGGACGGACAAUAGAGGCACGCAGCAAAUGACUGCUUCGUACUGCCUUGGGCGGAAGAGCGAACCACUCUCAAUGCACUUCUCGGAGGUCGCUCAUGAGAUUUGGGAAACAACUCUGGACUUCAUUUCUAGCAAGAAAAUCCACUGGCGAAUCAUGAUUGCCAGGGUGGGAGUUAUGGAUCCUUCCGAGGUAGAUUUUUGGACUGGCCUUGCGGCUACCGAAUCUGAUGCUCAUAUCAACUUGACGUUGAUUGCGGUGCAAACAGAUCCUUCCUUACGAUUGUUACCCCCGUCCGUCACUCUAACAAUUAGCGGCAACGGGCCCCAAGCAGUCACCCCUGUGUCGACUCCACAAUCUGUGCCGUCAAUUAUGUCCCCUGACAAUUCAACCACACCUGCUCGUGAGACUGCUAAUGCCGCUACACCCGGCGACGCACCGGUGGAACCGGAUAGAGAUGCACGCCUGAUAGACUAUACGGACCAGAGCUGGGGUGCAGUUCUCUCGCACCGAUUAAACAACUCCAAUUCCCUCCUGGAGCUCAACCCCGCGCUUAUUAGCGGAUAUCUGAUCAAACGAGGCGGGACAUAUAGCGACGAUACACCUAUUGUUAUCGAAGUUAAUAUUGUACAUAGCGAGGUCGUUGGAAAUCCUAGGACCUUCCAUGAAUCUCUCCUGCGAGAGAUUUUGGGAUAUUAUAGGGGGCUUGCGACUCUGGCCAGGGUCAGGGGAAUGGUAGAUCCGGUUAAGGAUGGGAGACCUUGGCACAUUGCUGCGGCUGAGAAGGCCGUAAAGACGCUGUAUAUGCUAAUGUGA